AUGGCCCUUCCACUUGUCGAAUUGCUAUGUGACAAGCCUACCCAUUGGGAUUCAACGUACAUCAUGCUCAAUUGUUUGAGAAUCCUGCAACAGGCUAUCAACCAUUGGAUUGAUCUUCCUGCUCAAUGCACCAUAGUCCACCAUAAACUGAGCCCCAUUAAUUGGCAAGUCCUGCAGGAUCUCAAGGUUAUUUUAGAGGCACUGCACCACACUCAACAAUGCAUGUCUGGUGAGACCAGUCCUCUACUGGGCAACACCAUUCUGGCCUUUGAAGGGUUGAUUCAAAGGUGGAAGCUUGUGGCAGACCAUGUUCCGCAUUGUGCACCUUUGGUUGACAUAGGCUUAACAUGGGCAGCUAAGUUGUCAUAUCCUGUAUGCCAGACAUAG